AUGGAACGUGCAUCACCAAGGCAGGUACACAUGCAUGCCUACCUCCAUGUGGGAAAGAGUUGCCACCACCGUGGGCGUGAGGCCUUGGACGUUUUCAAUUCUGAGGGUGUCAAGCCGCACCUCACCCCCAACACGGCAUCUGACAAGUCCCACAUGGGAGCCGUGCAGUAUGGCCACUUUUACGUUGUGGUCAACAAGAUCGGAACCAUAUUCAACUACACGGACUUUGGCACUUUCAAGGCGUACAGGGUCGAGGGGUGGUGGCUGGACAACCUCUUGAAGUCCGGCAAGUUAACGCGUGAAACAUACUUGCACUUAGCCGCUCGCGCUACAAUUGGGUUCCAGAAACGUCUGGCGGAUUGA